CGAAUCCCUGAAUGGGACGGCUGUCGGUGAUUGACAUCUCGCUGUGUCUGCCUUUCAAGAGAAGUUUGUCGAUGCUGAGUCGGGACGUGUGGAGCGGAGUGGAGAAUCAUACAGCUCGGAGACGCGCAGAGAGCAGUCCAGGACUCGGCUCAAGACGCUGCACUGUCGGGACGGGACUGAAGGAGUUCGGCUAGUAUCGACUGCACAACGGACGAAGAGAAAUUAAACACAUUUUAAACAGGACUGUUUCAGUCAUCGGGACCCCCGUUGUAUCUCUGCCAGACAUCAUCUGUACUGCGCUUCUGAUAACAUGGAGCGAAGGAGCCUGCCGCUGCCAAUUAUACUUGCAAUCUGUGCGCUGAUGCAAACCGGCAUUUGCAACAUAGAUAAGCAAGAAAUGCAAGUGAUCGACCUCCUAGGCCUGCAGGACUCUAAGCAGACCGCAGCCGCUGUGGAGAAAGUGUCCUCAGAGAUGGGGAGGGUCGACGAUCUCUACGUGGUGUCCAGCUUCAGACUGCCGGCCAAACUAGGAGGGGUUCUCAUGGGACUCUACUCCAGACAGGACAACAGCAAAUUCCUGGAGGUCGCCAUCAUGGGCAAGAUUAACAAAGCUCUAGUGCGCUAUGUAAGAGAAGAUGGAAAGCUCCACGCUGUCAACCUGCAGAACCCUAACCUGGCAGACGGGCAGAGCCACUCUCUGAUCCUGCGAAUUGGGGGCCUGCGUCGAGACACCCUCACCAUGGAGAUGUACGUGGACUGUCGGCUGGCAGACUCCAGCCAGGGUCUGCCCGGAUUGGUCAGGCUGCCUGUAGAGGCGGAGUCAGUGGAUAUACGAACAGGAUACAAGUCCUAUGCAAGGCUGCAGGGUGGGGUGGACAUUCUGAAGCUUGUCCUAGGGGGGACAGUGUCCAAAGUGGGGGUUCUCACUGACUGUCCAUUUCAGGGGGAUGCAUCAAUACACAACACAGUGAAUGGUGCUUUGAACUCAAUUCUGGGUGACCAGACGAAGGCUCUGAUUGGUCAGCUCAUCUUGUUUAAUCAAAUUCUGGGGGAACUCCGAGAAGAUAUCAGGGAACAGGUGAAGGAGAUGGCACUGAUCAGAAACACUAUUCUUGAGUGCCAAGUAUGCGGUUUCCACGAGUCGCGAUCCCGCUGCACCCCCAGCCCUUGUUUCCAGGGGGUCCCCUGCAUGGAGACGUACGAAUACCCCGGGUACCGCUGCGGAGCCUGUCCAGAGGGCAUGAUGGGAAAUGGAACACACUGCAAAGACAUUGACGAGUGCUCUCUUGCCCAGCCCUGCUUCCCCGGGUCUCGCUGUGUCAACAUGGCCACUGGCUUCCGCUGUGAGGCCUGUCCACCUGGGUACUGGGGACCAGAACUGAGUGGAGUGGGAGUGCAGUUUGCCAAGACACACAAGCAGGAAUGCGCGGAUAUCGACGAGUGUAACAAUGGAGCCUGCGUCCCAAACUCUGUCUGCUACAACACUGUGGGCUCGUAUAAGUGUGGUCAGUGUCUGCCUGGCUUUGUUGGCAAUCAGAUGGGGGGCUGCCUCCCGCAGAAGUCCUGCAGCAGCCUGACCUUUGACCCCUGCGAUGUGAACGCCCACUGCGUGAUGCAAAGGAACGGGGAGGCGUUGUGUGCGUGCAACGUGGGCUAUGCAGGUAACGGACACACGUGUGGUCCUGACACUGACAUCGAUGGCUAUCCUGACGAUGCCCAGCCCUGUAUAGACAACCACAAGCACUGCCGGCAGGAUAACUGCCGUUACACACCCAACUCAGGGCAGGAGGACGCGGACAACGACGGGAUCGGGGACCAGUGCGACGAGGAUGCAGACGGGGACGGCAUCAAAAACGUUGAAGAUAACUGCCGCCUGGUUCCCAACAAGGACCAGCAGAACUCCGACACGGACUCGUUCGGAGACGCGUGUGACAACUGUCCCAACGUCCCCAACAUCGACCAGAGAGACACGGACAGCAGCGGCCAGGGGGACGCGUGUGACAACGACAUCGACGGGGACGGGAUCCCCAACGUGCUUGAUAACUGCGCCAAGGUACCGAACCCCAUGCAGACCGACCGGGAUGGGGAUGGGGUGGGAGACGCCUGCGACAGCUGCCCCGAAAUCAGCAACCCAACCCAGACGGACGUGGACAAUGAUCUCGUGGGUGACAUGUGCGACACCAACCAGGACCUUGAUGGAGACGGACACCAGGACACGAGGGAUAACUGCCCAGAGAUUCCAAACAGCUCCCAGCUGGACUCGGAUAAUGACGGCAUCGGAGACGACUGCGACGAUGACGAUGACAACGACGGAAUUCCGGACUUUGGAACGCAGGGACCAGACAACUGUCGCCUCAUUCACAAUCCCAACCAGAAGGACACCGACGGUAAUGGUGUUGGUGAUGUCUGUGAGAAUGACUUUGACAAUGACACAGUGAUGGAUGUGUACGAUGUGUGUCCUGAAAGCGCCGAGGUUACCCUGACAGAUUUCAGAGCCUAUCAGACAGUGGUGCUGGACCCCGAGGGCGAUGCCCAGAUCGAUCCCAAUUGGGUGGUUCUCAACCAGGGAAUGGAAAUUGUUCAGACUAUGAACAGUGACCCUGGACUGGCCGUAGGGUACACUGCGUUCAACGGCGUGGAUUUCGAGGGCACCUUCCACGUGAAUACGGUGACUGACGAUGACUACGCAGGCUUCAUCUUCGGCUACCAGGACAGCUCCAGCUUCUACGUGGUGAUGUGGAAGCAGACAGAGCAGACAUACUGGCAGUCUGUACCCUUCAGAGCCGUGGCUGAGCCGGGGCUGCAGCUCAAGGCAGUGAAAUCGAAGACAGGCCCAGGAGAGUUCCUCCGAAAUGCCCUGUGGAACACGGGACACACUGCGGACGAGGUCCGCCUGCUCUGGAAAGACCCUCGAAACGUGGGCUGGCAGGACCAGACCUCCUACCGCUGGCAGCUCAGCCAUCGACCGCAAGUCGGCUACAUCCGGAUGAAGCUGUAUGAAGGCUCGGGAUUGGUUGCAGACUCUGGCGUUGUCAUAGAUACCACAAUGCGAGGGGGCCGACUCGGGGUCUUCUGUUUCUCUCAGGAAAACAUUAUCUGGUCCAACCUGCGAUAUCGCUGCAAUGACACAAUCCCUGAAGACUUUGCGCCACAGAGACAGCAGUUCCAGCAGAAUUACCAACUCUGAGAGAGGAAGUCGACACAAAACCAGAAACACAAAGACUUUCUAGUGAAACCGUCAUUGUCAUUGGAAACCAACAAAACUCCCUGCCAGGCUACACGUGUGUGUGUGUGUGUGUGUGUGUGUGUGUGUGUGUGUCUGCGAGAGUGGGGUGCAUUGAACCAUAUGGAGUGAUCGAGUCACUUAGCAGGGCAAAGCUCCCAUCACAAAAGAGGUUAAUGCGUUGUACUGUUAACCUGUUAAACGUUCAUAAAAGCAACUACCCUGAUCAUUUACCUCCCUUUUAAACCAUGUUCGGUCUACUACUACAGCACACAGAGCUAAUGCAAUAAUUUAAGUAAAUCUGAGCUAAUAUGUAUUGCCAUCACUUCAGAUCUUUUCCUCUAUGGAAGAGACUGUGUAUUUGAUUUUUAACAGUAGUGUUUCAAUAGCAUUUUUUUUUUUAUCAAUAAAACUGGCCCUUGCACUCUUUUCCACGUCCUGUUGAUGGAACGCAGCUGACACACUGAGUUGCUUCUGGGAGUUUGAGUCCUUGCAGGCAAAACGAUUCAUGACGUCUUAGUAUUUUUGCAAUUUAAAAAAAAAAAAAAAUACAGUCAACCCCAUUUACUGCGUACGUGGGAUAUAACGUACCCACCGAUAUAAAGAACCAGUAUCAUGGAACCAAAUAAAAUGGUAUUAAAUCCUGUUUAAAUGCUCCUUUUAGUGCGUACUCUGAUAGUACAUACCUGUUAUUACGCACGCAGUGGUCUGUGCUGCGCGGAUUGUGUACUCUUAGGUCUACUUGCUGUUUGAACUUGACCUUGCUCUUUGUAAUUUACGCAGUAUUAUCACGGCCAGCGCUAAACUAUCGUCAAUUUCACUCAAGGACAGACUGUACAUUGUUGGAUAAAUCUUAAAGAGACGAAAGCAGUCAGAAUUAUGUUGUCAAAGAGCUCAAGUUUAAAAAGCGGCAGUCGUCUCUAAGGCCCUGUCCACAUUAGAGCAAAAAAAAAUCGACAACCGCGUUCAAAAACGAUUUACUUUGAAACCUAGUCCAAGAGUAAGAGCGUCCAGAUUGCCGUAAUGAAACCGGGUUGGUUGGAAAAAAACACUUAGGUGGAUGACUGUAUCCCUGAAACCACUGUGAUGUAUACACCUUCUUAACUUUCCACCCCUCGUAAAUGUUGUUUAUUUUCAUUGAACACGGGAGCAGAAUGCAGGAGCUACGAGAAAGUACUCAAGGGGAAUAAUUCGUAUGGGGAAAAAUUGCCCACUCCGUAGUAAAUGAAUUAGAUGAGCAUUUACACAAAGGGAACAUCUGGGGCGGAUAAGGCGUUGUUUAAUUUAAUUUAAUAAAAAGUCGAAAUAAAUACCUUUAACUUGCUAAUAUGUGAUGUAAGAUAAUUUAAAAAUGUUUUGGACACAUUUUAAGUUUUUAUGUACUACAGUACAAUAGCAUCUCUGACUGUACCAAUGCAAUAUGACAAGAAUAAAUCCUCCUGUAUUUUAAUUCGGGUUUGUCUUUUUAUUCUCGUCUCAUUAAACCAGGGGCAUUAUGGCAACGUACUACCGCAAAGCACUGUGGGAUAUCGGAGGAUACUGUGUAACCCGAUUCGAACACGGUUCACAUCCAGAUUACAGUUAAACCAGUUUAUCUAACCCAGCUAUACCGACAGCCGAGUUCGGGACUACCUCCUGAGUAGGUUUCAAACUCGGUUGUUGAACUCAGUUAUGAACCGUGUUUAGUGUGGAUGCAAAUCGAUUUAAGCACUGUUAAACAGGUUUGAAACCCUUAACUCGGUUCUGAAACGCUAAUGUGGCCCUAAAAGACUUCUUAAAUUAUUAUUAUUGUUAUUAUUAUUAAUUAUAACAGUACAGUAAUAAUUUAUUACUGUACUGUUAUUUUUUUGAUUAAUUCGUUUAUUUUGCUGAUUACAGUACAGUAUUAUUCAAUUAUGUUUUUUUUUUGUUAUUUUGUAUAAUUCAUUUAGCUGACCACCUUUAUCCAAGGCAACACAGAAUUACUGUAUUCAAUAAUUAAAAUACAGAUUGUCACAUACAAUAUAGUAAGGUACAGUACUAGUUACAUUGUUUCAUAUCGUUUCUUCUGUUAUAAACCUUUAUACUACAUACAUUGUAUACGUACAUUAAUCAAUUAGCACUGCACUGGGUUUUGAUUUUUGUGCUCAUUUGGCAGGUAUGUGCAUGUAUCUGGUUAUUACAUACCUCGGUUAUAACAUACUGUUUUUAAAGUCCCAAGGCAGUACGUUGUAUCAGAGUUUCACUGUAUACAUUUCUCCAGAACAAAAUGGUGUUGCCAUAGUUCAGCCAUGCAACCUUACGAAACAGACUGAAGUGUAGUAGUGAACUUUCUGCAAAGGAGUGUUCAAUAAAUAUUCUUCACUAAGAACUUCAAAUAAAUUACUAUUUAAAAAAAAUCUAAUAAUCUUUAGCAUGUGUGCGUAUUUCAUAUAGGAAAAUCUGAGACCUAAGAAAUGAUGGCAAUGUAUAUAUGGUAAGAUCUACUUGAAUUAUUUUGUUAGCACUGUGUAAUUAGCAAAGAUUGGUUGUCAAAAUACACAUCGUCAGUGAGUAAGUACUGUAGUUCCAAAUGAGUUAGUUCCAAUAAUAUUAAACAGAAUAUAAAAUUAAAUGGCAAAUAUUUAUAUUUGAAGUAUUUCCAACAAUUAUGAUGUUUAAAUUCAACCUAGUGUUUGCUAUUGGUUGUCUCGUUCUGAUACAUACCCCCUUUCUGAUCUUGAAGGUCUGUUUGGUUCCUUGCUUCCUUAUUUGUAAUAUUAAAAGCUGAUUCUGCUUCGUUGUCGCAGACAGGAAAUGUAUUUUACGCAAGAACCACAAUGGAAGAGUGCCAUAAUAUUAUUGGCUAGACCCCCCCCCCCCCCCCCCCCCUUCCCUUCCCUUCCCUUGUGUGUGUGUGUGUGUGUGUCUGUAGAAUCUCAAGAAUAAAAACCUGGCCAACAAAUAGAAAUGAUAUCAUUAUUUUGUAUUGAAUUGCAAUCAAGAGCAUUUGUAUGCUGAGCAGAUCACAGUCCAAGAAGCAGAAGCAGUGCUGACCAGACCUGAUGCUUUUGGGAGGUAUUCCAGCAGGUCAGCGGAGGACAGGAGACCAGUGGAAGCCAGACAUACUCCUAGUGAUGUUUUAGUUUUUGGAGUCAGUGGAAGCCAGACAUAUUCCAAGUGAUGUUUUAAUUUUUGGAGUCAGUGGAAGACAGCCAUAUUCCAGUUAACCUCCCCAAAUCCUCCCAAAAGUAAUUCCUGGAAGAAUUACCUUACCUAAAACUUUUCUUACCUUUUCAUUCGCACUGGAAGCAGUGUAUUAUAAAGGUAGAAUGGGACAUAGAAAAUUAAACAAUUUCUUAACAUCGUUCGUGGUAUUUGGUUUCCAGUUCUUGUUCCAUUUGGUUCAAGGUUCAUAGCAAUAUCUACUAAAGAGCAUUACAAGACAGUUCCACACGAGAGACUAAGACUAAUUUGCUCAUCAGUCUCGCCUUCUACACCUUAGAGAGCUUUCUUGCAGACAGUUGUGUUGUGAUGGGCUGGCUGAGUUAAUUGUUGCUGCUAACGAGAUACGAGGAGUCUGAUGUAUUUUUUUUUUUUUUUU